AGUCUCAUCACUGCACCAUCUCCUCUCCCUUUCUCUUCCUCUCCAAUCUCCCCACCACCUCCAAAAUCACCAUAGCCACACUUUUGUUAUUCACUUAAACUAAAACUAUUGCUUUUUAUAAGCAGCCCCCGGAUUUUAGAGGCUGAAAUAUAGCUAAACUUUGUAACGGAAGUGUGAUUCCACACAUGGGCAACGCCGACUACGUCUAUCCAACCUCUAACGUGGAGGGUGCUCACCGUGUGGCUGUUCCUCCGCCGCAGCCCUUUGUAAAGUCUCUGAAAUAUAACUUGAAAGAGACUUUCUUUCCUGAUGAUCCAUUAAGGCAGUUCAAGAACCAGCCUCCUUCUCGGAAGUUCAUUUUAGGCCUCCAAUAUUUCUUGCCAAUUCUUGAAUGGGCUCCUCGUUAUACUUUGGAGUUCUUGAAAGCUGAUCUUAUUGCUGGGAUCACUAUUGCUAGUCUUGCUAUCCCUCAGGGGAUAAGUUACGCCAAGUUAGCCAACUUGCCACCGAUUCUUGGCCUCUAUUCAAGCUUUGUUCCACCACUGGUUUAUGCAAUGAUGGGAAGUUCAAGAGAUUUGGCAGUAGGGACCGUGGCUGUUGCAUCUCUCUUAACAGCUUCUAUGCUAGGAAAUGAGGUUAAUGCUAAUGAGAACCCCAAACUUUAUCUUCAUCUAGCCUUUACAUCAACAUUUUUUGCUGGAGUUUUCCAAGCGUCUCUGGGCUUGUUAAGGCUGGGAUUUAUCGUGGAUUUUCUGUCGCAUGCAACGAUAGUAGGUUUCAUGGCAGGAGCAGCAACAGUAGUUUGCCUGCAACAGCUAAAAGGGAUAUUGGGUCUUGAUCAUUUCACUCAUGCCACUGAUCUUGUUUCAGUCAUGCGUUCUGUUUUCACUCAAACCCAUCAGUGGAGGUGGGAAAGUGCAGUUCUUGGGUGUUGCUUUCUGUUCUUCCUUCUCACAACCAGAUACUUCAGCAAGAGACGACCAAAGUUCUUCUGGAUAGCAGCAAUGGCACCUUUGACUUCAGUUGUAUUGGGAAGCCUUCUUGUUUAUCUCACACAUGCUGAGAGACAUGGAGUUCAAGUGAUUGGAAAAUUGAAGAAAGGGCUGAACCCACCGUCCUUCGGCGAUCUGAUUUUUGUGUCUCCUCAUCUAAUGACAGCUAUCAAAACAGGGAUCAUCACUGGCGUCAUAGCUCUGGCUGAAGGAAUAGCAGUAGGAAGAAGUUUUGCCAUGUUCAAGAAUUACCAUAUAGAUGGUAACAAAGAGAUGAUUGCCAUUGGGACUAUGAACAUUGUUGGCUCUUGCACUUCUUGCUACCUCACAACAGGGCCAUUUUCGAGGUCGGCAGUGAAUUUCAAUGCUGGGUGCAAGACAGCAGUAUCAAACAUUGUUAUGGCGUUGGCUGUAAUGGUGACACUCUUGUUUCUGACCCCUCUGUUCCAUUACACUCCGCUUGUGGUGCUCUCCUCUAUUAUCAUCUCUGCUAUGCUCGGCCUCAUCGAUUAUGAAGCAGCGAUUCAUCUAUGGAACGUUGACAAAUUUGACUUCAUUGUCUGCAUUAGCGCUUAUGUGGGGGUGGUUUUUGCCAGUGUUGAGAUGGGCUUGGUCAUUGCGGUGGCAAUUUCUUUGCUAAGGGUGCUUCUGUUUGUUGCAAGACCAAGAACUUUUAUUCUUGGAAACAUUCCAAAUUCAAACAUCUACAGAAAUGUUGAGCAAUACCCAAAUGCAAGUACUGUUCCUGGAGUUCUCGUACUUGAGAUUGACGCUCCAAUUUACUUUGCUAAUUCAGCCUACCUAAGAGAGAGGAUCUCAAGGUGGAUUGAUGAAGAGGAAGACAGAUUAAAAUCUUCAGCAGAAGCCAGCCUGCAGUAUGUAAUACUGGACAUGGGAGCUGUUGGGAACAUUGACACCAGUGGAAUCAGCAUGUUUGAGGAAAUUAAGAAAAUUACUGAUAGAAGAGAGCUCAAGCUUGUAUUGGCCAACCCUGGAUCCGAAGUGAUGAAGAAGCUAAACAAGUCCAAGUUCAUCGAGAACAUAGGCCAAGAAUGGCUCUUUUUGACAGUAGGAGAAGCGGUGGCAGCAUGCAAUUUUAUGCUUCACACAUGUAAGCCAAAUCCUUUGAAAGAUGAUCAAUCUGAGGCAUAUAACAAUGUCUAAGCUACUACUUCAAUCAUUUGAUGGGCAGAAGCAAGAGCUUUUAUUGCACUCAAUCAGGAAUUAACAUAUGCAUCAUCAAAUCAACAGCAAAUGAAGCCCAAGUUGAUUUGAUUGAUACUUUUAGAUGAAGGGUUCUCUUUUUUUUUUUUUUUUU